AUGGAUAGGAAGCUAUCUGAAAACGCUUUGUCACAUAUUGCCUAUCUUUCUUUUCCACCGGAACUUGACGCCUCAAAAGAGCGCCUUGUAUCGGAUGACGACGAAGGAGUUUCGUUGUGCCUCCUCCUUUCCCAUCUACAGCGAUCAAGAGGUGAGGUGACCUGCAAAAUACUCCUCAAGAACGUGGCUGACAAGGAGACUGUUGUUGCGAUGCGUGAUGUUGUGCUAGGGCAUGUGCUCAUUACAAGAAUAGAGAUGAUCAGAUGA